CAAUUAAUCGACGAUUAGCGACACUUGUUUUUAAUCUUUGAAAUACUUUUUCAAUAUAUCUCCCGGGGAUUCGCAAUAUUUUCCUGUCCAAUUUUUUUGAUUGGCGUCGUUGACAGCACGACACAAGUUGUGCAGAAUCUUGAGAAAUCAAGGAGUCUGGUUAUUUGUGUUCAGCUCUUUCAGUAAAUACUGGUGAUAUGGUGAUAAAUUUGCAUAGGAAUGAGGUUAACUAAGAAAGGAGAAAUUUGAUGGGGCCUCACCAAUGUCAAGUGUGUGUCCAUGCAGAGUCCAAGUACAAGUGUCCAACAUGUCUCCUUCCAUAUUGCUCUGUGAUGUGCUUUAAGCAGCAUAAAGAAGUGCCAUGCUCAAGGGAGGUGCCUUCUAUACAAGUUAAUCGACAACCCACUCAACCUCCACGAUCCUUUGAAGAGAACGACGAGGAAGGAUGGAGGCUUGAUGAAUCACAGUUAGAAGCUGUUGCAGAAUCGAGUGAAAUUCGAAACCUUUUGAAGGAUGAGGAACUCCAAAAAAUCAUAUUAAAAAUUGAUUCCUCCAUAAAUGCUGAGGAGGAACUUGAUAAGGCCAUGGAAGGGCCACUUUUUAGAGAGUUCACAGAAAAGAUUUCAUCUAUUAUCAAUCCAGAGGAGCAAUCACUUGUAACCCAAGUUUGAUGGUGGUAGGUAGUUGACUUACCCAGAGUCUUUAGAGGAAGUUGAUAAUUUUUUAUCUAUCCACUUCAAUUACCCUAUCAUAUGCUAAUGAUCACAGCAUAACAGGAUCAUAGGGAGUAAUGUAAUUAUUUCUUUAGUUCAUGUCCUUGUCUUCUUCUGGGUUGAAGUGGGAUUGAAUAUGUUCCAGCCUAAAAAAUCCCCACACCAAGCUGUAUCUUCUGAACAUAAAUAGCAUGUGCCUUUUUUUGUCUGGCUUUGUAGCUGUCUACAUUGUCAGGCCAUUGCUUCAAAUCUAUGUCAUCUAAACUAAAUCUUUUGGGUGGAUUUCCCGAUGUUUAUAGGCAUGAUUCUGUUAAUAUAAGCCUUAAUAUUUUGGUAUGUUUAUUCUGUUGAAUUAUCAUGGAGGCUCAGAAUCCUUGUGAAGAAAUGUAUUCUCGCAUGCUAUAGUGAACUCUAAUUAUGUUUAAGAAACCCUCAACAUAUAAAGAAUUAAUCUAGAAUUCUGGUUAUAAUUAUAGAAAUUCACUAAAUUAA